ACCCCUGCAAAUCGGCUAAAAAGGAACUGCUCUUCGAGUCGGGAGAUUAUUGCAGAAUUAAAGUUUAUCUCCCGAUGGUGCAAUCUUUCACGUAGCACUUCAUCAUCAGACUCCCCACACUGGCGGCAAAGCAAGCGAAGCUAAGCCCACAAGCCCUCGCCAUGGCUAGCUACGCACUCAAGGACACACUUUCAUUUUCACUUUGUUUCCCGGCAGGGCGGUGAGCGCGCACCACGCAGAAGAACCUGGUUUGCGCAACAGGCUUUCCCAUCCGAAGCUCCCAGGGCUGGGAAAUUCCUAGACCUCUUCGCCAAGGAGGCCGCUCGCGCCUGGGAAAGACGCUAGCGAAACGUCAGGGGCCAAGAGACCAAGGUAAUUGAUUGCUGUGCACCCCGGUAUCCUGCCCCCCUCCCUCCGAGUCUCAACAGAGCAGGAGCAAGCAGCAUGAAUAAUCAAAAAAUGGUGGCCAGUCUGUUACAGGAAUGCAAGCUAGUGCUAGAUAAGCACUCUCCAGCGGAGGAGGACCAGGGUGAGGAAGAAGAGAGCAAGCAUCAGCAGCCCAGAGCUUUGCUCCCUGUUGAUCUGAGGACCCUCCUUGAAGAGGCAAAGGAAAUGAAGUGGCCCUUCGUGCCAGAAAGGUGGCAAUACAAGCAAGCUGUAGACCUUGAAGACAAAACAAACCUGCACGAUAUGAUCAAUGCAAGGCUGCAGGAGUUACUGAUGUGUUUAAAAGCCUCCAUCACUGUCAGAGACUACGUGACAGCAGCUGCUAUUGUAUUCCUGAUUGACCGGUUCCUCUAUUGGGUUGAUGGCUCCAGCCAGCUCCUUCAGAUUGCCAAAAGGCUGCACAAACUUCAGCCUACAACGCCAAUUGCCCCUCAGCUGGUGAUUCGCCAGGCUCGCGUCUCUGUAAAUUCAGGUAAACUAUUAAAGGCAGAAUAUAUCCUUAGCAGUCUGAUCAAUGACAGUGGAGCAACAGGUGUGUGGAAGUACGCUAAGGAAAGCGAUAGGAUCCUUGUUCAGUCUGUCUGUAUACAGAUCAGAGGACAGAUCCUACAGAAGCUGGGAAUGUGGUAUGAAGCAGCAGAGCUGACCUUGGCCUCGAUUUUGGGUUAUUUCACACUGCCACAGCCAGAUAAAAAGGGGAUUGCUACAUCAUUGGGCAUUUUAGCCAACAUCUUUGUAUCCAUGAGUGAAAAUGAUUACAACACAUUUAAAAACAACUCUCUCAUUGACCUGAACCUGCUAAAAGAGUUUGACCAUCGUUUACUAUCUGCUGCUGAAGCCUGCAAACUGGCCGCAGCCUUCAGCCAGUUCACGCCUCUGUUUGUGCUCACAGCAGCGAAUAUCCGUGGGAUGUGUCUGCUGUCUUAUAGCUACUCCAGUGCGUGCCCUUCAGGGGAAAAACAGUUCUAUUUGUCUGAAGCGAAGGAGUCCUUUGAAAUUGGUCUCCUUACUAAGAAGAAUGAGGAGCCAGUCAACAGCAAACAGGAACUCCACAGUUUUGUCAAGGCAGCUUUCUGCCUCACCAAAGUGCACCAGCGGCUCUAUGGGGAAAGCGAAAGGCUUAGCCAGGUGAUCAAGGUGUGCCAGGAAGCCUUGGAGAAGUUGUAUGCUUAUAGCCAUUCCUCACAUGCUGAAAAGCAAGACAAAGAUUUGCUCGCCAAGGAGAUCAUGUGCCUGGUCAUGUCUGUUAAGGAGCCAUUGCAAGUGCAGAGUUUCCCUAAUUCAGAUGCCAAGGCUUACAUUCCAGACAGCUACAAAGCGAGUGUCAAAAAGCAGAUUGUGAAUGGUGAAUUAAGCUUUGAGAAAGUCCUUGCCAUGUAUUCCCAGCAUCAUGCAGCAGUCUCUAACGUUUUUGAAAGCACUUGCAAAAGCCGUACAAUGAGUCACGGAGAAGGCAAAACAGGGGCUUGUAUAACUGCUUUGAAAACUGAAACCAGAAAUAUGGACACAGUGUGCACUACUGAAGAAAAAGGACACCAUGGAAAAGGCACUGCAAGGACCUCGGUUUCACAAAAGGCAAGGAGAAGUCAAGAGGGUCUUAAGGGCCAAAUGCGAAAGAAAUUGUCUCGUGUUCCUGCAGUGGAUAUCUCCCUUGAUGAAGACACAGAGAGUGAGCCUUCGGUAGGAGGUCAAAGCAAUGCCGAUAGCAUUUCAAGCAGAUCUCAAAGCAGGAGUGGAAUUUCGAGUUCACUGAGAUCUUGGAGCAAAGUGUCCAAAUCAAGUUCCCUUACUAGUUGGGAAGAGAUUGGCUGUAAUGAAAAUGAACUGCCCCAAGAAAAAAAACAGAAAACAAACAGCUCUGCAGAUAAGGAGCCAGAUCACUCUGCUGCAUUGACUGAAGAUGCUGAAGAAAAUAUUCAAGGGCACAAUGUCAGUUUGCUGGCUUCCAAAAUUUGUAAUCUCUCUGUCCAGGAGACUCAAAGUGGCUGUACAGGUCCUCUGUUCCAUAACAACGUAAACCUGACUAAUAAACGAACAGAAUCAGACCCAAAUUUCAGACAAGAACAUUUGGAGAAAACAGAAUGUGAAGAUGAGCAGUCACUCAGAGAAGCCAGUAACACCAGCUGCAAGAACAGUUCUGAUACUUUGAGUGAUAUAAAGGGUCCCUCUUCUUAUGUACCUUAUUCCUCUUCUAAACAAGAUUCAUUUGGAAUGAUUAUAUCUUCUUCAGAUUCAAAAACCAAGGACAGCAACAAGAACAGUGCCAUGUCCAACAAUAAUCAGCAGAGCACUGAGAAGGUAAACACAAAAGACCCCAAAAACUGCAACCGAGCUUUAGAACCCAUGUUUAGAGAACAUUGGCUGUUGGUUGACCCGGAAGGAGAAACCUUAGACACUGCUGAAGAUGCACAAAUGAAUCCAAAGCUGCCUGGUGAUAUGAUGGCACCCAUAAACCGUGUGCUACGACCAGAACGUGACCGCUUUGUGCAGAACUGGAUUAAUAAAUCAAGCACGAUGAUGUCUGGAGGGGGCUCCUCUGAAAUGCCUGAAGUUGACCUCCAAGCAGAUACAGAAGAUGACUGGGAGUUUGCAUCUGGUAGUGGAAGGAAAUCAGGCGAUAACCCUCCAGACAUGAGCAUGGUACAGGAUCAGCCAAGUCACAGGGCUGAGGCCACACAUUCUCCAUCGUGGAAGCAUAAGCCAUUAGCCAAUCAAUCUAGUGAUUGUGCUACCACCGAAGGAGAUGAAGGUGAUAAGCUAAGGAACAUACUGUGCAGCCAGAGCUCAAGUUCUUCUCUGAAAUCAUGGUACAAAUCACCCUAUUUCUCCAGUAGCUUUUCUGAACUGGAGAACUCUUCAUUUCUGAGCUCCAGUGGGAGUUCUUUCACUUCUCUCAUUAAGACUGAGGAGCAAGUUCUACAAGCUCGCAUUCUGAGCGAUGAUGACUAUGAGAGGUUUUUGGCAGGUGUAGAGCAUAGCUGGCUGGUGGAGAGACUGAAAAAUACGGGGCUCUUUAAGCCAACCCUACUUCGCAAAGCCCACUCUGCCCUACUUUUGAAAUUCUCUAAGAAAUCUGGGUUGUGGACAGCCCAGGAAACAGCAGUAUACAUUGGAGACUACCUAAAUGUGGCAAAGAAAGGCAGACAAAGGAAUGCUUUCUGGAUACACUUUCUGCACCAAGAAGAGACCCUGGGAAGGUAUGUUGGGAAAGAGUAUAAAGAUGAGAAAGGCCUUAUUCACCAUUUCAGUGAUGUAGAGCGGCAAAUGACAGCCCAAUACUAUGUGACAGAAUUCAACAAAAGGCUGUAUGAGCAACAAAUACAAACACAAAUCUUUUACAUCCCAUCAGUGGUACUCUUGGUCCUAGAAGGCAAAUCUAUAAAAGGAUGUAUAAGCGUGGAGCCUUAUAUUCUCGGAGAGUUUGUGAAGUUGUCCAAUAACACCAAAGUAGUAAAAUCAGAGUACAAAGCUACAGAGUAUGGACUUGCUUAUGGCCAUUUCUGCUAUGAGUUUUCCAAAGGCACAGAUGUGGUGGUUGAUUUACAAGGUUGGGUAACUGGUAAUGGAAAAGGUCUCAUCUACCUAACCGACCCCCAGAUCCAUUCUCUCUCCCAGAAAGAAGCAUCAUGCCUGACAAACUUUGGGAAGAAAGGGAUUUAUUAUUUCUUCAACAACCAGCACACAGAAUGCAAUGAAAUCUGCCGUCGUCUUUCCUUAACAAGACCUCUUGUAGAGAACCCAAACUGACGUUGGAUAAAGAUGAAGGUCUUUCCCUCAAGAGAUACUUGAAUUCACUUUUAUGUUUUCCACAUCUGCAUCAUGAUAUCCAACCAAAGCACUUUAUGGAUGCCCUAAUGUCUCACUUUUUCAUAUUUUUAACAAUGCCAGCCUCCACCAUUUUUGGUAGGAGAAGCUGUAUCCUCAGGCAGAGAGUCAAAUGCUGUGUUUUUCGAUGGCGGGGGUGGGGGAGAAUCAACUAUUGGUAAUUCACAGAUACAGGGAUUCCCUACCUUGGGUCCCCCAAUGUUGUUGGACUGCAACUCCCAUCAUCCUUUUGGUAAUUUUGGCUGGGGAUAAUGGGCAUUGUAGUCCAACAAUAUCUGGGGACCCAAGGUUGAGAACCCCUGGCAUAUUAAAAUCAAAAUUCAACAGCCAAAUUAUUGGCAUUAUAUUAUAUAAUUUGAACUGAAUACGGUUCUUUCCCAAAGUGCAUGGUGUGGCAUGUUAAACAAUGCUCAUUAGCAGCAGGGCACACUGCAAUUCCAGUGCGAGUUUCAGGCACAUUAAAAGAAAUUGUUAGUCUUUUCAUUACACAUGGUACAUGAUUGACACCUCUCAAGAUGUCAGAUCAGGAUAAUUUUGGAUCAAUACAAGGUACAUACAGACCAAAGAGAAGCACAGAUACCUCUUUAGUAUUGAUUGAUUUUGCACAACCAUAGCCCUUCAGCAUACUAGCUGACAUGAGGUGUGAGGUGAAAUUUGCGGUGCCACUGCUGCAGAUCCAGAAGUAGCAGUGGCACUGUAGAGAGCCAACUGUUACCGCAAGGGAUACAUACAGUAAUGCUGGAAGCACAAACACUGGUUCUCUACCGCGGUGUUGCUGCUUCUGGGUCUGCAGCAGCAGCACCUCAAGUCCCACCACUACAAUUAGGAUCAUGCAUUAUGGCAGCCACAGGCUGAGAUCCUGACUAACGAAGCACCAGUGCAGUGGGAGAAGCACUGGUGCUUCUGAACUGUUCAAUUCACUCCACUCCUCUGCUGGCUCAGUGGUGGGGGCAAAAUUAAACCACCUCCCCUUCCCCAGGAAAUGCUCUUUCUCACCCGAGAAUAUGUCCCAGAGAGUCACACAACCUGCAGGGACACGUUUUCAGGUGACACUGAGCACUUCCUGGGGAAGGAGAAGUGGUUGAAAUUCACACACACUCUUCAGAAGCAUUGGUGCAAGACCAGUGCUUUUCCCAUUGCACCAGUGCUUCUUGUCUCAGUUCACUUUGUAUAAACAUAGGCUAGGAUCCAAAGAUAGAUAUUAGAUAUACCAAAAGUCUUAGGCAUGCCCAGUAGGAAUUUUAACGUCACUGAACAAUGACCCCCAUAUUGUAAAUUCCUUGAACAAUUGUCUCAAGUUCCAAAGCAUUUUGUCCAGUAGAAUAGGGGGCUGCUGUUCAAGCAACAUGAUGGCAAAAACCCCUUUGGCAUAUGCAAGUAGGAGAGCAGCCUUUUGGAUCCCAGCAAGUACAUUGUGAGCCAUGCUGUUCUAUUAUGCAGAAAUAGUUCUUCCCUUAAGAUCAUUUCAGACUAGGAAUUGAAAAAUGACAGUGGGCAUUGAUGGGCAGUGGUCCAGUCUAAAUACCUGAGAGGUAACCUACACUCUGCAGCCCUGCCUGCACUAAAAAUACCUAGGUAUUUCACAUUGGUUUGUGAGCCAGCAUUUUAAUUGUACAUACUUGGCUAUUGUAGUGAGCAGCCCUGUCCUCCCCUAAAGAGGAACCAGAAGUGAACCCUGAUGAACCCCAGUUCAGAAGUGAACCCUGUCUUGACUGACAGGCAGUGACCUCUAGGGAUCAGCCACUCAGCACACGGUGGGCUGGACCUAGAGGGCCUUGCGGCAGGAAGAGAAGACUUUCUUUGUUCUCAGUUGGAGCCAGGCGGUGCUGGCAACAGGACUUUGACCAGGCAAAUGGCUGCAACAAGAAGGACUGCAAUCCUGAGAAGUUAGGACUUCAGAGGCUUGAAGUCUCUACCAUGGAUUUUGUGAGUUCAGGAAGGAAGCCAGGGUUUUGGCUUCGGAGAGAGAUUUAAUCUAGGGAACAGUUUGCUAGUUAGUUUGCGUCAGAAACUUAUCUUUCUUUUGGUCUGCAUUUUCCUGAUAUUGUACUGAGUUUGUCUAUCAGUAAUGCAACUAGGGCAUUACAAAAGCCUCGGUAAACUCUCAAAGGUGCUUUUUGUAUUUUAUUACAUUUAUGUUCUUUGCAACUGGAUAACCAUGAUUUUUAAAAUGUGCCACCCCUAUAUCAUCUGAGGGUGUUUUUUUGCAGUAUUCUUGCAACUACUGUUUCUUUUACCUGUAACUAAAAGCUGAGAAAGUCUCAGACGGAAACUGUAGCAUUUUGAAUAAAUUUCCCUUUUCUUUUUCUGUUCUUUGAAAAUCUUAA